UUUUACCCCGGAAACCUCCCGCAAUCUGUCUGCCUUCUUUGAAGCUUCUCCUCUUUCGUGCCCUUCUAAUUCCUUGCAAAUCCUUAAUUCCCUUCUGUCAUUUACUCUUUCGCGCCGAUUACCUGUCCCUUGUUCUGAGCGCGGCUUUUUGUCCGUGAUUACUGCCUGUAUAUACGUGUCUCAAGCAGUCAGUUACCGCCUCCAAAGACUGACCGAUUUCCUCUACGCCCCCUCCGCCGAGCUUUUCGAAAGCCCAAUGAAAUGCUUUUCCUAAACAGUGUAUAAUGUCCUCAGAUGCAGCGGCUUUGCCCUCUCCACCGGGCUUUGCGCCGUGGGAAAAUAACCAUCGUCCCGGGGGGCAAACCAACAGACCAGGAUCAGUUUUGGGCAACAACCAUGCCACUCCAGCGGGCUAUCCAUCUCCACAGUUUCCCAAUAUCAAGGACCUCCAAGACCAGGCUGCAGCUCUCGAUAUCAAUGAGACCUCAUCGCUUAACAUUCUCCUCAGUAGAGCCCAAGACGCAAUAGAGCAGGCCAGGAACUUCGCUGACAACGAUCAACCGGACAAAGCCUAUGUGCAGUAUCUUCGUGCUUCCGAAAUAACGAUAAAUAUUAUACCCCACCAUCCGGAGUAUCGGACCACUGCUAGCCAGCGCUCAGGAUGGUACAAACAGUUCGCAGAUCUGAUGAUGGCCGUACGAACGAAGCAAGGGACGAUGGACGAUAUCAAGCAGCAGAUUCUAGAGGACAAUCUUAUAAGCAAUGUACAGCCCACAACUACAUCCGAAUCCGAUAAUUCAAGACCUACUUCCAAGAUAUUGCCUGCUGGCGCACUUCGAAGUCCGAGUCCAAGAGGUCGUCAAAUUGAACAAGGAAACAAGUCAGUACGGAUGCCAAGCCCGUCAGAAUUUCAACGGUCAUUGGGUCUACAACAGAACUCGAAUAGAUACUCGGCUCCUGCGGAGGAUGCGCUAGCCCAGCGCUUUGCCAGGCUAAGAGCGUCACCGCCGACUACGACAAACGGUCAAAGCAGUCCUGUUUCCGCGCAAGGGUAUAAUGGCGAAUAUCAGGCACGGCCGGUGUCGUACGUACCUCAAGGGUCUUCACAUAGCCCAAAUCUUACUUCACCAUCGCGGCGUCCUUUAGGGCCCCGUAGCAUGGGGUCCUCACAUAAUGGUCCGGUUCUGCCUCCCAAAGUUCCGCUCAAUACAUCGCUCCCUCGCGCACCGGAUCCAACUUAUAGCCCAAUAUGGACUGUCCCAUCACAGCCACCUUCGAAUCCACCUAGAACCUCAACCGAGAGCUCCCGUCCAGUUAACCCGCGAUACUCUCAUCUCGCUAAUUCACCCUGUGGCAGCCCAAGUCGUAAUGGCUUUGAUGACAACCCUUAUAGAUCAUACACUCCGAAUGGGAUGCACCAGACGAAGGAAGACAGAAGUAACACUGCCGAUUUGCCUCACAGCACUACGAUCAGUGCCCAUGAUCUACUCGAAUCUCUUCGAAAAUACAACGUGUUGCUGAUCGACGUGCGCCCGCGGGAUCUGUACGACAGUGGGCACGUAUAUGCGAAAUCUAUCAUUUGUAUCGAACCUGUGGCACUGAAAGAAAAUGUAUCUGCGGAGGAGCUCGAGGAACGUUUGGUGAUAUCACCUGAGCAUGAACAAUCCUUGUUCGAGAGACGUAAUGAAUUCGACGUGGUGGUUUACUAUGACCAAUCCACCGAUUCGGUCAGCUACCUGGCGGGGUCCCCUGUUGGAACGACGGCGCCGCAUCUCAGAGCGCUCUAUGAUACUCUUUAUGAAUUUAACGCCUACAAGCCUUUGAAGGAUGGCCGUCCUCCCGCUCUUUUGCUGGGCGGUCUCGACGCUUGGACUGAUCUGCUUGGACAGCAGUCCCUUGCUACUUCCUCCACGGCUGCUGUGAUGGGCUCGCUCCAAGCAAAACGUCUAGCUGCGAGACCUGGCCGACCUCUUGGAAGGGUCCCUACUAUGGCGAGUGCUAAUUCCAGCUUAGAAGUGCGGAAAAGAAGGCUACGCGAAUAUAAGCCCUUAAAUCCAGAUGAACUCACAGCAUGGAUGGAAAAGUCAAAGAAUGAGGAAAUCGACACUGCUACGUAUAUCGAAGAGGAAGCGAUGGCCGAGGAACCGGAGGGAGACGAGAACGACGAACCCUCUUCACCAUUCGUGCAUACAUAUGAAGACUUUCUGCGGCGCUUCCCAGAACCCCAGGCUAUCCAACAAUCAAUGGUGACGCUGCAUGCUCGGCCACCAGUACCGGCCACACCUAACUAUGCUGCACCUGUUCCCGUUGCUCCCUCGCGGCCUCCGCCUGCAGUUCCACGCCCAAGUUAUAGUGGUGUUGCAGAUGGCCGGCAGAUUCAGCCUACCCUGGCGCGACAGAAUUCAGCUACGAAGACUGCUCUUUACACUCCAAGUUCAAUCUACCGCGCAAAGCUUCCCAGGACUGGCCUGGCCAAUUUUGGCGUAACCUGCUACAUGAAUUCAACAAUACAGUGUCUGAACGCAACGAUGAUGUUUAGUAGAUUUUUUGUUGAUAACCGGUUUCGAUACUAUGUGCAAAAGAACUGGAAAGGUUCUCAAGGAGUCAUGCCGGGGCUUUUUGCAAACCUGAUUAGGUCACUGUGGAAGGGUGACGUGGAAGUGAUCGUGCCGACGUCAUUCCGGAAUUUCUGUGGGAGGUUAAACCAAGAAUGGGCCAUUGAUCGACAGCAGGAUGCCAAGGAGUUCUUUGACUUUGUCGUAGAUUGCCUCCAUGAAGACUUGAAUAUCAAUUGGCAGCGAAACCCAUUGCGACCGCUAACGUUUGAGGAAGAGAUGCAACGAGAGAGGAUGGCCGUUGCCAAAGUUUCGAAGAUUGAAUGGGAUCGGUACUGCCAUCGAGAAGAAUCAUUCAUUUCAUCGCUCUUUGCUGGGCAACAUGCGAGCCGGCUCCGUUGCACGACCUGUAAGCGGACCUCAACAACGUAUGAGGCUUUUUACAGCAUUAGCAUUGAGAUCCCGCCGUCCGGGGCUGGCGAUAUCUAUCAAUGUCUUCGCAGUUAUUGUCAAGAGGAGAUGCUGAGUGGCGACGAGGUCUGGAAGUGCCCCUACUGCAAGUGUGAGAGGGUUGCAACGAAGCAGAUCAUCAUCACUCGCGCUCCACAAAUCUUGGUCGUCCAUUUCAAGAGAUUCUCUGCGUCCAAGACCCAGAGCGCUCGAAAAAUCCACACUCCUAUUGAAUUCCCUUUGCAUGGUCUCCGGAUGGACGACUUUGUUUAUUCACAGGCGAGCCUCGAGCCGAAUGGUGAUUCCAAGAGCACCGUCGCCCGAGAUACUACCCUGGCAACUGUCCCGCCGUUUACCUAUGAUGCAUAUGGUGUAUUACGCCAUAUUGGAUCGUCCAUGGGUAGCGGACAUUACAUCUCCUUAGUACGAGACGGAGCACGGCAAUGUUGGCGGAGGUUCGACGAUGAGCGAGUCAUCGAUUUCAACCCGCGCGAUUUGCGUUACAAGGAUCGACUGCAGAAUGAACAAGCGUACAUUGUAUUCUACGAGCGCGUUCCCGCGAAAUGAGCGAUAAGACAUGGUCCUUCUCAAUAGUUUUGUGGCUGAGAGCAUCAGACUUAUAUCCCCGUUGGCAUUUCUAUGGUGGACACGUGAUAUGAGCAUAUAACGAGCAUUUCCUCUUUACGUUUUCACGGCAAGCAUGUUGAGCGUGUUGGGCCAUUCAGCGAGUUAGUUUUGAUAUUGGUUAAAUUCGGGUGCGCCUGUAUAUAAGUACUUUUUCUUCUCUUUAAGUGUUGGAUGGACAUGGGAAUGGGAAGGGCGAUGGUUGAAGCAUGCGGUUGUGACAUUAGCUUUGAUAGAUGCGUUAGACCGAUUCUAUUCUUGAAAACAAGUGACCCAUGCUGGGAAUACAUGGAGUUUAAAUUCUAUCUGAAUGUUUCAGCAUAACGAAGAUGGCUGUGACCGCUCUUUCUCUGCGUGUACAGCUAUAGUUGAAACUGGGCAUAUGCAUAGAGCACAUAAGUAUAUGGACGCAAGGGUCAAUCUCAGAAGGGAUAUUCUGAUAUAUAUAUACACGUAUCCCAUUCAGAUAAUUUUAAGAACUGUAGCAGAGCUUAGG